AUUGGGUAAGCGCCACUAGUUUGUUCCUGCGCUUAGCAAACUAGUGAGGGAGGAAACACCGGUAACUUCACAAAGAUGGGUUCAAGAUAUAUUAUAUUGCUAAUGACGCUUUGGGGACACGCACACAGACCACUUCAGUAACUCUGCAUUGACUGUUUUUUUUCUCAAUGAGUUCCAGGAAGCGUAAAAGGUACUCCAGGGACAUAAAGUGCGUUUUCUUUCCCGAUGAUAUCCAAAAUGCUCUCGCGAAAGUGGGCAGGGAACCCUCUUCGCUCUCUUCCCUUUCAUCCGCUAAGAGCUGGGAGAAGUGUGGAGACAGUUUUUUGGAUAGUCCGGUGACAAAGAUCAUUCCGUCUUCAGGAAGAAAACUAUCUACUCUAAAGAAGCUGAAACAGUUGUCUGCUGCAGGUAUCUUGCUCAGUUUGCUGGCCUUUCUUGCUAUGGUCCAUCUCAGACUUUUCUAUCUUCUAUCUAACCUCACAACUUUUAAUACUCUCUCCGUUGGUGUUGCUGAGCUGAUCAGUGCAUUCCUGCUUUCCAAGAAUGGGCUACCUGAUAAACGCCAUAAGAUAAAAUUUACAGCACUAGCACAGCUCUUUCUUUCAUUCCUAGAUGACCUUCCCGUUAUUGACACAGACAGCGAUCUGGGUGAUGAGUCUCAGGAAGAUGUUGAAAAGCACAGUGGGCAACAAAUCUCAGACUGUGAUUCCUCUGAAGAGAAGCCAAAUGACUUCCCUUCUAAAACUGAAGAUGUUAAAGAGCUUGAGAUCUCAGGGUAUGUAUCUGAUGGAGAGGAUAUUGGCAGCCCAGUGACUUCAAGCAGACUGGACUCUGAGAUCUUUCAUCUCCAAACUGGUGAGGGCAGCAAAAAGUCAAUCAGCAACUGGGUGAGAUCUGCUCAGGCGAUGCUGCAAACGCCCCAGAAACCAGUUAAUAUACAACCCAAGACUCCAGAAGACUCUGCCAAAAAGAGAAGAAAGUUUCAAAGUGGAGGUCUGGCAGAAAGGCUGAAUCGACUUCAGUGCAGGCAGAGGUCAGCUAUCAGCUUCUGGAAGCACCAGUCCGUGUCUGAUUCCUCGGCAGCAACAACCACAACAGUGGACAGGGCUGGCGUGCUGGUGCUCGAGGUGCUGGAGGUUCAUGAGGAGUGCAGCAUGCAGUUGGCGCACUGCAAGCACCACCAACCCCCCGGAGAUGGCCACCAACACAUUAACCCGGUCUCUGAGGAGAGCGCUCGUAUGUUGGUGUUAUUCAACAGAGAGACAGCUGCACAGCUGAUUCCUGCACCCAGUGACAUCGUCCAUAUAUAUCCACCAUGGCAGCACCUUUCUGUUGAGGGCUUCAGCUGUCCUAUUAUUCUCAACACACACUUCAGCAAGAAGGUCUUCUGUGCUUCCAAAUCGGCCAAUGCGUCUAUUCCUAGAGGCCCAGUCUUUGCAGAAAGGCGCAUGCCGUAUUAUUUGGGAAAAACAUUCGGAGUGCUGGAUGCAUGCAGGACCACAGAGGAGAGCAAUGGGAAGCAGGUUGCUCAGUGCAGUUUGGGGCCUUCUGGAGUUUUGACAAGAUACUGCGUCUCUCUCCUGGAAGCUAUCGAAGGUCUCGGCCAGGCUGGCUCUGUGGAGCAAGAUGUAGAGGUGGUUGUGCAGAGAGUUUACUCCAUCCCCAUUGCUGACUGCUCUCCUGUGUCCAUCCUCAAACCAAGACUUCCCCUCAGGUCCUCUACAGCUCCUCCUGCAGAGAAAGGCAAAACAAGGUUGUGUGUGCUCGUCCAGGACAGCUACGGGAUGUUCAGUGUGGUCCAGCUGCAACUCCUGCCCUGUGAGGAUGACCUCAGCCGGUACUGCCAGAUGUGGCAGGGGAAGACCUGCAUGCUGAGAGGCAUUAAAGUGGUACAGCGGGUCACACGAGAAAGGAGCUCCAGGCUUUUCAGCUUGAUAGACAGCCUGUGGCCCCCAGCGAUGCCUCUCAAGGAUCAUGGAGACUCACUUAGUAUGCCAAGUUCUGCAGGCAUGGUUGUCGGUGUGGAUGAGAGCACGGCGUACUCGUGGCCUGCCUGUAAUCUUUGUGGAAGUGACAACUUAGAGCUUUCAGCUGAAAGACCUCAGAAGUUCCACUGUGUUUCUUGUAAGUCUGCCGUGGAUAAGCCGCACACAAAGACUCAGCUGGAAGUCUUCCUGACUUCUUCUUCAUUAAGUAACUGCACCAUGAAGGUGAAGCUGCAGCAGAGGACGAUCAUGACCAUCCUGAAUGCUGCAGAGGUGGAAGGGGGUGAGUUCCCAGGAUACGAUGUGGAGGCUGUGUUGGGAAAAGAGGUGGGCCCCAUCCCCGUUUACGUCCGAGUCAUCACUAGGAAGCCUGCCCUGUGGAUGGGCCUGGAAGAAAUCUGCCUCUGAUGCUGUCAGGGCAAGGAACUAAUGAGCUCAAUCCUCAGGCUUCAGCUGGCUCCAAGGAUCUGCACGCUGGGCCUCGGUCCGAGCCAGCUUAUCCUCCUCCCUCCCUCUGAAGGCCUCCCUGACAGCUUGAGGCUCUGCUGAAGGGAACAGGCUGUGAAGAGACAAGGUCCUGUUUGUGUUAAUGAUAUGUGAUCUAACCAGCCAGGGGUUGACAGCCCAAGGGUAGAGCAGUGGCAUGCAGGCUGUCAAAAGGAGCCCACGUGGGUUCAUUAACUUCAGAUUUCUGGCUUUAAAUGUUGUCUUUUUUUAAACGUUUUCAUCCUUUCUGUGUCUGUGUUUAAGAUUAAUUCGCUUUGUAUCAAUAAAAGGCUCAUUUUUGCUGACCUUA